AUGGGGCAGAGAUCUACAUCAUCCACCAAGAGUGGGAAGUUCAUGAACCCCACUGACUAGGCUCGAAAAGAAGCCCGGAAGAGGGAAUUAAAAAAGAAUAAGAAACAACGAACGAUGGUACGAGCUGCAGUACUAAAGAUGAAGGAUCCCAAGCAGAUUAUCCGGGACAUGGAGAAAUUGGAUGAGAUGGAGUUCAAUCCAGUACAGCAGCCACAGCUAAAUGAAAAGGUGCUAAAAGAUAAGUGAAAAAAACUUCGUGAAACUUUUGAGCGCAUUCUCCGACUCUAUGAAAAGGAAAAUCCAGAUAUCUACAAAGAACUUCGAAAGUUAGAGGUGGAAUAUGAGCAGAAGAGAGCCCAGCUCAGCCAAUACUUUGAUGCUGUAAAGAAUGCUCAACAUGUUGAAGUGGAAAGCAUUCCAUUGCCAGAUAUGCCUCAUGCUCCUUCUAACAUCUUGAUCCAAGACAUCCCAUUGCCUGGUGCACAGCCACCCUCUAUUCUCAAAAAAACUUCUGCCUAUGGACCUCCCACUAGAGCAAUUUCUAUACUUCCUCUUCUUGGACACGGUGUUCCUCAUUUGCCUCCCGGAAGAAAGCCUCCUGGCCCACCCCCGGGGCCACCUCCUCCCCAAGUUCUGCAGAUGUACGGCCGUAAAGUGGGCUUUGCACUAGAACUUGCCCCUCGUCGGCGAGAGGAGGAUAUUUUAUAUAGUCCAGAACUUGCUCAUCAAGGUCAUGAUGAUGAUGCUUCCAGCACCAGUGAAGAUGAAGGUUAUCCUGAAGACAUGGAUCAAGAUAAACAUGAUGACAGCAGUGAUGACAGUGAUACAGACAGGUCAGAUGCUGACAGUGAAGGAGAGGAGCUCAUGCAUCGUGAUGAUGAAGAGAGAGAGAACAAUGAGGACAAAAAGUCAGGUCUCAGUGUACGAUUUGCUGAUGUUCCUGGAAAAGCACGAAAGAAAAAGAAAAAUAUGAAGGGAUUAACACCUCUUCAAGCUAUGAUGCUUAGAAUGGCAGGUCAGGAAAUUCCUGAAGAGGGGCGAGAGGUGGAGGAAUUUUCAGAGGAUGAUGAUGAGGAGGAUUCUGAUGACUCUGAGUCAGAGGAUACAACACAGCAGCAGCACAAAGAAGAGUCUCUUCCUGAUGGGGCACCAUCAUCUCCUGCUUCCCAACAACAGCAACCACCUCCACAGUCUGUUCCUCCUGCUCAAAUACAGGCACCUCCCAUGCCAGGACCACCCCCUCUUGGACCACCGCCUGCUCCACCAUUACGACCACCUGGGCCACCCACUGGCCUUCCUCCUGGUCCACCUCCAGUAGCUCCUCCAUUCUUAAGACCACCUGGAAUGCCAGGGCUUCGGGGGCCUUUACCCCGGCUUUUACCUCCUGGUCCUCCACCAGGCAGGCCUCCUGGUCCACCACUAGGCCCACCUCCUGGUCUUCCUCCUGGUCCUCCUCCACGAGGACCACCACCGAGGCUACCUCCCCCAGCACCUCCAGGCAUCCCUCCACCUCAUCCUGGUAUGAUGCGCCCACCUUUGGUGCCUCCACUUGGACCUGCUCCACCUGGGCUUUUUCCACCAGCUCCUUUGCCGAAUCCAGGGAUUUUAAGUGCCCCACCUAAUUUGAUCCAGAGACCCAAAGUGGAUGACACCAGUGCAGCCACUAUCGAGAAGAAAGCCACAGCAACCAUCAGUGCCAAGCCACAAAUCACCAAUCCCAAGGCAGAAAUUACCAGAUUUGUGCCCACUGCACUGAGGGUUCGACGAGAAAACAAAGGAGCUGCUGCGGCUCCCCAAAGAAAGUCAGAAGAAGAUUCUUCUUUACCCCUUGCCAAAGCAGUCCCUAAAUCUGGCCCUUCUGCUCCUGUUUCAGUACAAACCAAGGAUGAUGUGUAUGAAGCCUUCAUGAAAGAGAUGGAGGGGCUACUGUGACAGAUUUUGAUGCCAGGGGAGGUUUUAAUCUCACAAAUUCAUAUUAGAAAACAUGGUUCAUAGAGGAAUUCCAAGUUCUUAUACGCUGGACCUGAGUGCAGAGUUUUACU